AUGGAAAAAAUGAUAGAAAAACUGCAAUAUAAGAGGCACUGGACAGAGAUCUAAAUAAGAAUAAAAAUCACCUAUCAUUAGAUUCUGACAAUUCUAAAAGUAUUGAAUAAAUCAUUAUAGAAUUUAUAAUUUAUAGAAAGAUGGUAGAAACAACAAGAUAAAGUUUCAUCGAUAGAUAAUAUAGGAGAUGACAGACAAAAAAUUGUAGAUGAUUAAGAAUUGCCUGUGAAUCGUAGAAAUUAUGAUAAGAAAGAGUAACCAUAACAAGAUCCAAUCAAGCUUUGCGACGAUGCUCUUGAUCUAUUUCUCAGGGGAAGCUUUUAAAAAUUCACAAAAAUCAUAGACAGUCUGGAACAAAUCAAGAUCUCAAAUGUGCGAGAUAUUUUAAACUAGCAUGAUAAUUAAAUGAUCUAAACAGGCUAAGACAAUUUUAACGAGAAGUUUAGAAAUCAAAUGUCAGGUGGGGAUUUCCUUGGAGAUGAGGAGGAAGAAAAAUCAGAUGUUGAGAUAGAUAACCCAGUCUCGCACUUAUCAGCUCAUAUGUAGUACAAAAAUUUUCAGAGUCAAUUGUCCUCAGGAAAUAUGGAUAAUGAAAUGCAUCGUGAAAUGCUUAUUCAAAAGAGAAAUCUACUCAUGAAAAUUAGGUAAAAUGAUAAUGAGUAUAAGAAGUUUGAUUUUAAAAAUGAGGGUAAUGAUGGAGAACUGAUUUAAAAGAAAAUGAGGAAAGGCUAAGAAGAGAAAUAUGAGAAACGAGAGGAAAAAAGAUAAAAUAAAUAUGCUUAAAAGCAGCAGAGGAUUCUUAACAAAUGCUCAUAGUGCUAUUUUUAAGAGGGUAAAUUUGAAAGAUAAACAUUGAUAUCUGAGUCUGAUAAUGUUUAUGUCUCAACACCCAUAAGAACAUCUCCAGUAUAUCCUCAAGGUUAAGAUCACAUAUCUCAUGUGAUUAUUUCUCCUAAGUAGCAUUUCGUGAACUACUUAGAAGUAGAUGAGUAGGUAUAAGAUGAGUACAGAAAUUAUCAGAAAUCGAUAGCUUAAUAUUUCCUCGAAUAAUUUAAGAUGACUACUGUCUUUAUAGAAACAAGCAUUUAGUCUGAGCAUAACUUACCACAUGCCUAGAUUGAUUGUAUCGGAAUUCCUAGUGAUGUUGAAAUGGAAUUUGAUCUUGAAGUAUAUUUCAAAAAGUCACUAAUGGAUGAUGACAGUGAAUGGGGAAGUCAUAAAAAAAUCAUCGACACUAAAUAAAGUUAAGGUAAAAUAUGGAAAUGCCUCCCAAGUUCAGGAGUCUUUAACUAUGUCCAUAUUGAUUUUGGAGGAUAAGGUGGCUUUGCUCACAUUAUCGAUGAUGCUAGGAAAUAUAAUCAUCUAAAGGCUCUUGAAGUUGUAGCUGGUGCAAUUGGUCAUGAUCUGGUUAAUCUUUCUAUCCCUCUCAGAUUAGAUAAAGCUCAAUAAUAUGCGAGAGACAUUAAGAAUAAAUUUUCAAAGUUUGAUUGGACAAAAGAAAGAAGAUGA